AUGACAUCCUCUAUACUGCAGAAUCUCGCUCCUCGAGCACUCUUUGGCGACGACAGUCCGGAUAUCUGCCGCUCAUACUCGGAAGAUAACCAGGCCGCCCCCAUUUCAGGCAUGUUGACCUUCCACAAGCUGAUCACCUACAUCGCCGCAGCAGGCCUGGCCAUCACCUGCCUCAGCACCUUCGUCCUUGUCCUGGGCCACAUCUUCUCCUACCGCGAGCCUCGCAUCCAGAAGCAACUGAUCCGCAUGAUCCUCAUCGCCCCCGCAUUCGCCAUCUUCUGCUUCAUAGGCGUCGCCUCCUACCACCUGACCCCGUAUUUCCCACCCAUCGCGGAACUGUACGAAGCAUUCGCCCUCGUCGCCCUCUUCUACCUCAUGAUUGCCAUGCUCACCCCCGACGCACCCACCUGGACAGGCCAGCACGCCUUCUUCGCCGACCCGGCCAACGGCGGCUCUGCAGCCUUCACCAAGACGUACAUCAUGGUCAUGCAGCUGCUGCCGGGCCGCAUCAUCACCACUGUCGCCAUCAUAAUCGUCAGCGCCGUCAACUGCACAGGCGGCAAAAGUUACCAGCAUGCGCACACCAUCAUCAACAUCGUCAACGGCAUCCAGGCCGCGCUGGCGCUGGUGGCGCUGUUCAGGUUCCUCAUGCGCUGGACUCGCCAGCUGAAGGCCGCUGAUAACAAGAUCGUCGGCAAGCUGGCGUGCUUCAAGCUCAUUGUUGCAAUUCAGUUCGUGCAGAGGAUUAUCUUCAGCAUCCUUACACAGGCGGGUGCGCUAGAUGGCUCGAAGACCUUGAGCUACAACGACCUGAACUUUGGUCUUUCCAAUGUGCUGACUGUCGUUGAGGCCACGGUUGUUGCUGUGAUGAUGGUCGUCUUCUAUUGGCCUGGUCAGUACCGCAACCGCACGAACGCCCUGGAAGCCGGCAAAGUCGGGGAGCCGACCAACAUGGCUCAGAAGCAGAAGUUGAGCCCCAUCCGAGCUGCCUGGGAUGCGAUUGACCUGCUGGACGUUCUGGCUGGCGUGGUCAGAGCAGUCAAGCUCUUUGGGGCGCAGAGAAGAGGCGGUUCUCGCCGGAAUGUGUCCCAGCAAGCAUCGCAACAGGCAUACUACCCGGCCGCCGAUGACUCGCCGCCGCAGUACGGUGCAGGGUGUGCCCGCCAAUAG